AUGGUCAGUUUAAUCGCGUUUCUUUCUAUAAUUUUUGUUAAAUUUGUUUGUGGUGUAUCAUUGCAAUGUUACGUUACUGAUGUAAAGAUUCUCUUAGAGGGGUGUGAUCGACUUACUGGACUUAAUUUAACCAGUGUAGGAGGUACAAUGGUUAAUGAUCAUAACUGUGAUGUCCUGCUGCCUAGACAAGUUUUCGUCGAAGAACCACUAUUUCAAUAUGCUUUGGCGGACUCGGUUUGUAAUUUUAAAAUUUGUCAAAGAAAAAUCUUUUUUAAUGUCAUCGGUUUAAAGUCCACAUUGAAGAUAAUUAACUGGUUUUAA